CCAAUUUCAGUGUUACUCUCACUUCACAUCGAUAACGUACAGUGCAAGAAAUCUACACAAAAACGAAAAAUGUCUGAAGAAACCGCCACUGAUGAGCAGAAAAUUGCAGAAGUAGCAGAGGAAAUGUCAAGGAUGCAUCGAAUUCGAGUUUCUAACACGAAGAAGCCUUUCAUCUUCUACCUUAAUCUCGCUAAGAAAUACAUCAAGCGUUACAACAACGUCAAGCUCACAGCCUUGGGGAUGGCUAUACCAACUGUUGUUCUAAUCUCCGAGAUUCUGAAGGAAGAUGGACUGGCAACUCAGAAAUUGAUAGCCAUAUCAACUGUUCAAACCAAGGAUAAAUUCACAAGCAGAUACAUUCAGAAGGCCAAGAUUGAAAUUGUGAUGGCACUGAAUGAGCAAUAUGAUAAAGCGAAAGCUGAUGCGAUCAUAUUGAAGAAAAAGAGUGCUCAGCCUAAGACUGGAGUCAAGAAGACCGAUGGAACAUCGCUUGAUGUCACGGCUUGUAAAUCACAGGAUGAAAUUGUUGAUGGUAAGGCUGGUGUCAAGAAGGCAGUAGAUGAGACUAAGACGAAAACUGUGAUUGAGAUAUCUGCGGCAGUAGGUAGCAGCAGCUGAAGGGAAUGUUGAUCGAAAGAUGUGAAUAGAGGCAAGGUGGCAAGGUUUUAGUAAUGGUUGUUGUAUGGUACAUUUACAUAACAUGAAAUUUUACUUCCAGUUGAUUUCGACAUAACUGUAGUCUGUACAGUGUACAUAUUUCAGUCUAUCGAUCAUGCACACAUGUACUAAAAUCACAAGUUUACAUGUUCUUAGAGUGGUUUAUUUGACUUUUUAACUUGCACAAAGAUUAGAUGUGUGGAGACUGAAUCUGAGAAACCGCGAAGGAUUAAACGUUGAUCUGAAUUGAAAAGGCCUUGGCUUGUUGUC